UCUAGAUCGGCAUCAAUAUGGCAUCCGACACAGCAGCGACCAAUGCGCUUCUUAAUGCUGAAACGGAUUUUGGCUUGGAUUUGCUCCGACAGUCCCCAGCAAAUGCCGAGCUAGUCAUUUCACCACUUUCUAUCAUCCUUGCGUUGACAAUGGUUCAGGCUGGAGCGAGAGGAAAGACAAAAGAGCAAAUCGAUAAAGUUAUAGCAAAAGGAGCAAAUGACAAGGAUAUCAAAAACUUUUACUCGUUCCUCUCAAAUGACAUUAGGAACUCGACAAAUGGUGUGCGAACUAAUAUAGCAAACGCAUUCUUCUUGGAUAAGAAAUAUGCAGUGGCAAAGCAGUAUGCUGAAACCAUAGAUCAACUUUAUGCUGCAAAAGUUGAGAUCUUGGAUUUUGAUCAAAUCCAAGAGACAGCUAAGAUUAUCAACGCGUUUGUCGAUAAUGCUACUAUGGGAAAGAUCAAAGACUUCAUUCAAGAGAAGAUGGUCAAGGAUGCCUUUUCGCUUGUUGUCAAUGCCGUUUAUUUCACUGCAAAAUGGGAACACGAAUUCUCAAAGGAAUUUACAUCAGACGCAACCUUUUACAGCUCUGAAAACCAGCAAAGAGAGAUCGAGUUUCUCAAAGAGUCCGACGAGCAUCGGUUUUAUACAGAAGACGAAAGGGUGCAAGUUUUGUCACUUCGUUACAAGGAUACCUCCUAUGCAGUCAACAUAUUUCUCCCUAAAAAG